AUGAUGUCAGAGUCAGCUUCUGAUGCCUCCGCGGCCCAACGGGUCAGAAGAGAUAGAAUUCGAGUUCGUAUCGGGAGAAGAAGUUCCAGGAUACUAUCUUUACUCGGUUUUCGAGGCUUUCCCAACGGUAAGCUAUCAAUUUGCAGUACUGCCCCAUGGUCUGUCACCACGCGAGCUGAUAGCUAUGGCUUAGGCUCUACGCCCAGCGCUGUUGAUCCAGACCACCCUUCACAUACAGCAAACUACCCUCAGACAAUUCAGUCAUUUCAGUCUCAUUGCGCACAAGGGAUACACACUUCUCGAAAUACGGCUGUCAGAGAAGUCGAAACUAUCCAUGCUCAUCCCCCUUCUUCCCCAAUUCUCGACCAUCGCAGCUCCAGUGUAUUGUUUAUACCAUCCGCCCAUUCCAAUAAGCAGAGAGAAACGCAUAAAGAUAAAAGAGAGGCAGGAGCUGUGUCCCGGAGUUCAGAGUCAUAUGAGACUAGAGGACCUAAAGGUCUUGGGGAGCGGAGGAGUCGGUCCACCCCAGCAGCAUUCACACACAUAGUGUCGCGCAAAUUAUCAACUACUUUUGGAAAUCCAACUGUCAUUCGUCGUUCACGUCUACGUCGACGACCAAGCGUCCGUAUCCUUAAAUUCCCGGCUGCUACAAUUCCCAACCUCAAUAAUCAAGGCGAUAGUGCUAAUGAUAGUUCCGACCCUUCAAGCUCGCCUACCAGUAGCGGCUCUCCAUUGAGGGCCAAAUCAACGCCUCCAACCUCGGCAGAACCAUCUAUUUUUCACGAAAUAGUAGAGCACUAUCAAGAUGAUACGGUUGGGUGGCGGCCGACAUUAGGCACAUUUAGGCCUGUCACAGGGAGAAAGCUUACUCCGAUCGAGGAGUCUCCCGGCGUGACACCCACAGUUCGUACCGUGGAGGCUGUUGCUAAUGCUAAGGUCUUUUUCGAAACCUAUUUCAGGUCGAUCUACUCUGAUAUCAAUCAACGCUCGCAAAGGCAGCGAGAACUCGAACAAUACAUACAUUCACUGCCUCUGACACUGGAGGAGAAGAACCGAGUAUGGCAGAACUGGAUUGUCCAGGAACAAGAAUAUCUUCGCCAAUGCAGAGUCCUCAAGUCGCGCUUCCACGGUGCUUGCCAUGAUGAGACUGUGUCAAUUGCCGGGUUUGAAGUUCUGAAAGAACUGGGUAGAGGGAGUUUCGGCGUCGUUCAUUUAGUUAGGGAGAACAACGCAGGCGAGACUCCUACUGCUGUGAUGAAACAUCCUUGCCCAAAGCUUAUCAAUGCGAGGGCAGCCCGAGGGAGCGAAAAUCAUCGUCGAAAAGUUAUGACUGGAGAAAAAAAGGACGUCUUCGCCAUGAAGGUCAUCCGGAAGUCAGCGAUGAUACGCAAUAGUCAAGAGGGCCACCUGCGAGCUGAACGGGAUUUUCUUGUGGCAUCUGCAAAAUCCCGCUGGAUCGUUCCUCUAAUCGCAAGUUUCCAGGAUAUCAAUCAUCUAUACCUCAUCAUGGACUAUAUGGUCGGCGGGGACUUCUUAGGCCUGUUGAUGCGACGAUGCAUUCUGCCUGAAGAUGUCGCGAAAUGGUAUAUUGCAGAGAUGGUACUGUGUAUUGAGGAGGCACAUAGACUCUGCUGGAUCCAUCGGGACGUCAAACCCGACAACUUCUUGAUUUCCGCCUCGGGACAUUUGAAAAUAUCAGACUUCGGCCUAGCCUUUGAUGGUCACUGGGCCCAUGACCAAGUUUACUACAACGAGCACCGAUACUCCUUAGUCAAGAGGCUAGGGAUUCAAGUUGAUGGCGAUGUUGAGGACCAGAAAGAAGAGCGAACAAGAAAAGCUGAACAAGCCCCGUUGAACAAUAGCGACGACACAGUUACCUUCAUGCCCCCUUCCGUGAAUCUUCUCGAAUGGAGAGAUCAACAUCAGAUGCGAAGGCUAGCUAGGAGUGUGGUCGGUACUAGCCAAUACAUGGCCCCUGAAGUUAUCCGGGGAAGUUUGUAUGAUGGAAGGUGUGACUGGUGGAGUGUAGGGAUUAUACUGUAUGAAUGUCUAUACGGCUUCACACCAUUUGCUGCAAAAGAUCGGGAAACGACAAAAUGGAAGAUUCAUAAUGAUGUUUUCAAUUCACGAUCAACGGCGAGGCAUCUCUUGUCCACCGAUAUCAAAGCCCAUCCUUUCUUUCGCGGUAUCAUAUGGGAACAGCUCCACCAGUCCAGUCCACCCUUCAUUCCAAAAGUCAAGAGCUGGGAAGAUACGAGGUAUUUUGAAGAUGCUGGAGGCGUGGUCGACAAUGACGACAUUUCCAUCACCACGGAUGCUCAAGGGUCCGGCGAUGGGCCAGAAGGAACAGGAUACAAACCGAAGCCCAUACAGAAUCAGGCAGAGUCGCAGCAGAAGCAGAGGGGACCCAUCCCUGACGAGAACACCUCAAUCGAUGCUACAGAGCCUCCUACAAAGACUACGAAAAAACAGAAACAUAGGAAAAGACCGCGGGAUAAGAUGCUACGGGACAUGAGGAUUCAGAAGACUGUCCUCAGGAUGCGUAAGGAGGGAGCCUUCGUGGGCUACACCUACCGCCGACCCAAGGCUGUUGCACUGGCCUUCGCUCCCGAAAGAGGCCGACUCUACCUAUCACGAGGACAACUGUCCGAAAUCUAUGGAUUGUAG